UUACUAUUCUAGGCUUCUAGCAAAGCUUCGCCAAUCGAGGCGACGCUUAAAAUGGGAGAGCCCCGGAGGCGCGCGCAACCGCACCACGCUCGCCGGCGCCACCGCGCCACGAGUUCCACGGCCGCGGCGUCGUCGUCGUCGUCGUCUACGGUCCAUCACCGCCCCCGAUCGAUGCACCCCGUGCCGCCGCCGGUGGCCGCGCCUCCUCCCGCGCGCCGCUAGGUCUCCCGCACGCGCCUGCAUGCGGUAUUGCGGUGGCCGUGGCGGUGGUUGACUGACCCCAUGGCGUCGCGGCACCGGAGGGGGGCUUUCCCCGCGGGGGCGAAGGCGGCGCCCGAGGCCGAGGCGGCCAAGGAGAGCGUCGCCGUCGCCGUCCGCUUCCGUCCCCUCAGCCCGCGGGAGGUUCGGCGAGGGGAGAAGAUCGCGUGGUACGCGGACGGCGAAACCGUAGCGCGGAGCGAGCAGUCCAACCUCGCGUAUGCCUACGAUCGAGUCUUUGGACCAACAACAACAACACGUCACAUAUAUGAUGCUGUGGCUCAAUAUGUUGUUAAUGGUGCCAUGAAGGGAAUAAAUGGUACAAUAUUUGCAUACGGGGUUACAAGCAGUGGAAAGACACAUACAAUGCAUGGUGAUCAAAUAUCCCCAGGGGUAAUACCUUUGGCUGUGAAGGACAUUUUCAAUAUAAUACAAGAGACCCCAAAUCGAGAGUUCCUCCUUCGUGUAUCAUACUUGGAAAUAUAUAACGAGGUUGUCAAUGAUCUACUAAAUCCUGCAGGGCAGAACUUACGGAUUAGGGAGGAUCUUCAGGGAACAAUUGUUGAAGGGAUAAAGGAAGAAGCAGUGUUAUCUCCUGUACAUGCUUUGUCCCUUAUUGCAGCUGGAGAAGAGCUUAGACAUGUUGGAUCCACUAACUUCAAUCUGCUAAGUAGCAGAAGCCAUACAAUUUUCACACUGACAAUAGAGAGUAGCCCCCGUGGUCAGUCUAACGAAGCGGAAGCGGUUACCUUAUCUCAGCUGAACCUCAUCGACCUGGCAGGUUCUGAGAGUUCAAGGGUUGAAACUGCAGGAGUACACCAGAAAGAAGGGUCUUAUAUCAAUAAAAGCCUGCUGACUCUUGGAAAGGUGAUAUCAAAACUGACUGAUGAGAAAGCUACUCACAUUCCAUUUCGAGAUUCAAAAUUAACGCGGUUGCUAAAGUCAUCAUUGAGUGGUCAAGGACGUGUUUCUUUAAUUUGCACAGUUACUCCAGCAUCAAGCAAUUCUGAAGAGACACAUAAUACAUUAAAAUUUGCCCACCGUGCAAAGCACAUUGAGAUCCAAGCAACACAAAAUAAGAUUAUGGAUGCAAGAUCUCUAAUCAAGAAAUACCAAAAUGAAAUUCGUCAACUAAAGGAAGAACUUGAACAGCUGAGAAGGAGUAUUCGUACUGGAACCCCUAUAGAAGACACCAUGCAAAAGAACAUCAUUUGUUGGAAACAAAAGCUAGAAGAUUGUAAUGUCAAGCUUCAAUCUAGACUGGAACAAGGAGAAGAAGCUAAAGCUGCUUUGCUUGAGAGGAUAGAACAUCUAACAGAACUAAUUCUGGUUUCCGCAAAGGCAAGUCGGACUACUAAAUCGUCUCACUGCCCAAGGCGAAGACAUUCUUUUGGUGAAGAGGAGCUUGCAUAUCUCCCAUAUGAAAGGCAAGACAUCAUACUGGAUAAUGAAAGCAAUAUGUUGUUUGUUCCUAUCGAAGGAUUCGGUGAAAAAUUUAAAAGCUCCCCCAAGGAGGAGACGGAAAAUCAGAAAGGACACCUUAACUGGCUGAAUCUACGGAAGUGUGAUAGUGGUUCUACUAAUCUGACAAGUUCGGAUGGUGAAAACCCUAGUUCGACCAAAUCAUUACCUGCCCUUUCCACACCUCUGGGGAUCGGAUUUUUUAAUGUCACAUCAGAACAAAGGAUGUCAGAUUAUAUGCUUGCUGAGAAUGUACCGGCUAAUCUGUUAUGUGUUGGCCAUAGAGAAUUUCCUUCUGACAGCCUUCCUGUCCAGGAAACACCUUUGGUUAGUAGAAAGACUUCAGAUCAUGUGGACAUAUUGAGAGAGCAAUUCAAUAUUUUAUCAGGGGAGGUUGCACUCCAUCAAAGUGUUCUAAAGCGCCUAUCAGAGGAAGCUGGAAAAAAUGCAAUGAAUGAACAGAUUGAGAUGGAAAUGAAGGUGGUCAAUGAUGAGGUUAAGCUCAAUAAGCAGAAAAUAGCAUCUUUAGAAAGGCGGAUUUCUAAUUCAAUGUCAAAUAGUCGAGGCAUGCAUGAUAAUUUAGAACUCUCACUGCCUUACAUUGAAAUACCUGAGCAACUCAAUGAGAAAGCGUUUCAACUUGAGGCAAGUGAGUGCCAAGAGUUUCUGUUGUCAGAAAGAACCACAUUUCAGCACAACACAGGCAUUGUCCAAGAAACAGGAUCUCAAGCUCACAAAGGAAAGCCAUUGCCCAGUGAUGUAUCUGAUGAAUUUCUGAAAAAGGCGUCACAGGCAGAGAUUGAUGAACUGAAGCAGAGGGUAUCUGAACUCACUGAAGCCAAAUCUCAACUAGAUUCUUGUAACCAUAAGCUUCUAGAGGAAAGUACAUAUGCCAAGGGCCUCGCCUCAGUGACCAGUGUUGAGUUGAAGGCACUAUCAGUAAAAGUCACCAAACUGAUGAAGCAGAACGAGAGGCUUAGCAGCGAGUUGGCAUCAGGAAGAAACCAAAGAAGAGGAAGCCAUGGUCCGAGGGGAGCUAGGAGGGAAAGCCACACGAAACGAUAUGAACCAGCUCGCAGAGGAGACAUGAAUGCUCUGGAGGCCAUGCUGAAGGAGAAGGACCAAAGACAGGCAGAACUUCAUACGAAAAUUGAGGAGUCAAAACAGAAGGAAGCCUUCCUGGAGAAGGAGCUUGCCAAUAUGUGGACUGUACUGGCAAACUUGAAGAAAACCAGGGGAAUUGACCAAGAAGAUUUUGACUCCAAAUACAAUGGAUCAUGGGCCUGAAAGCACUGAAGCAGGUCGUGGUAGAAAAACAAUCUUCCAAUCGUCUGCUCUUCAGCAAUGUAUAGGCAGCUGUACCAGAUAAGCAGGGUGCUUUUUUUGUACUCCAUAUAAGCAGCUGUACCUGGGUUCUUCUCCAGUCUGAAGUUUGCUGUCUGUAUACUCCUGAAAUAAGCUUCCAGCGUGAGUAAGUGCUUGUUGCUGGAAUAUUCACUGCUAACUGCUCCCGAUUGAUUUACAAAUUACAAAUGUGUGAAUAUAUGUAAAGUAAUGUAAACUAUUUUAUUUGUCCGUUCA